AUGUGCCGGCUGUUGUUGCAGGCGGUGGCCGUGUGCCAGCAGAGGCCUGGCCCGCCCCCAGGGAGCGCUCCGCCCCCGCCACCGCCCCCCGCGCUGCCGCGCCUUCUGGCAGCCUUCACCGGCACGGCCCCCGCCGCCGCUUCAGAGGAAGACGCCACUGCUGCGUCUGCCACCGGCGCGACCACCGUCUCCACAGCCACAGCCAGUGCUGAAGUGCCCAGCACGAACCGUGACGACUUAUCUGGCAGAAGCAGCGGCGUAGCUACGCCAGCAGGUGCCAGUGGCAUCAGCAGCGAAGCUGAUAUUGUCAGCAGUCAGCAUGUCUUCAGCAGCAGCCAGGACAGCGGCAGCAGCAGUCAGACUGGCAGUAGCAGCAGUCAGGCAGUCAGCAGCAGCAGCCAGUCAGUCAGCAGCAGCAGUCAGGCAGUCAGUAGCAGCAGUCAGAGCACUAACAGCAGCGGUCAGACAGCACUCAGCAGCAGUCAGACCGCUAGCAGCAGUCAGGCUGCUAGCAGCAGUGUUUCUGAGGUCGCAGCAGCACCCACAGCGGCCCCUGAGCCGGCUGCUACCACCACUUCCACCCCUGCAGCUACUCCAGCCACCAGUGGGGCACCCAGCAGCAGCACCACAACCACAACCAUCACUACCACUACCACCACCAAUGCUGCCACCACUCCCCCACCGCCACCGCCGCCUAUCACCUUCUCUGACGGCAACCCUGCCAUCGAGGAAGAAUCGAGUGGUAGCCCUACAGCACUAGAAGGGUCCAGUGGAAGCUCUGCGGCCCUGGAAGGGCUCAGCACCGCCGAGCCACGCCCCCCUCUGCCACCUCCCAGACCACCGCACCGCAUCCCGUCGCGUCUCGAGGAGAAGCUGGAGUCACUCUCCUGUGACAUUCCUCCACUGCCUUCGGAGUCGCGCCUCUGGAGGGGCAACGAGACUCACGAACUCCUGCUGCCCAUCAUUGUGACGCCCGACUGCGAGGGCGAGGAGGCGGAGGAGGGCGGCGACUGCGCGCCCGUCUCCGUCAGCUGGGAGGGCGGCGCCGAGCUGCAGAGCGGCGACGUGCUGCUGGUGCGCAUCGACGAUACCAGGCUGGUGGCCGGCCGUCAGCCGAGCUCAAUAGUGAGGCGGCGCCAGCCCGAGACGGCCGUGUACCAGGUCACCCGGCCGGGACACGACCACUGUGACGUCACGGAGGGCGUGCUGCUCGACAUCACGCCGCUCAUCGUGGACGGCCGCAAGGUCGUGACGCUGUACGACAAGGACCUCACCGAGGGCAUCAAUCUGCUCAUCGUGGUUUCGGAGCGCUGGGGCGGCCAGUGCGUGCGGCUGAGGGUGCUCGUUAAGUCCGACAACUGCGGCGAGAACCAGGACUGCUCAGCCAAGGGCGUCUGCUUCUCCAACAUCUCCAUGGAGGGCUACGAGUGCCAGUGCUGCCCCGGCUUCGUGGGCCCGCACUGCGAGGAGCGCGACGCCUGCUACCCCAGCCCGUGCCGCAACAACGGCAUUUGCGUCGACCUGUCGCAGGGCCAGGGCGGCAACAGCUUCCAGUGCCUCUGUCCAUACGGCUUCACCGGCAAGACGUGCGAGUCGGAGGCGGACCCGUGCGGCUCUGCGCCGUGCCAGAACGGCGCCACGUGCGUGCGCAACGCGACGCACUUCCGGUGCGUGUGCCCCACGGGCUUCGCCGGAGAGGUGUGCCAGCAGCCGCUCAACCAGUGCGAGUCGUCGCCCUGCAAGCACGGCAUCUGCGUGGAGCAGGAGGACGGGUACCGCUGCUUCUGCCGGCCAGGUUUCACGGGCAUGAACUGCGAGUACGAGUACAACGAGUGCGAGUCUUCGCCGUGCAUGAACGGCGGCACCUGCACGGACCAGGUGGGCCGCUUCUCGUGCGCCUGCGGCCGCGGCUACACCGGCAACAGGUGCCAGGUCAAGGUUGACCUGUGUGACCCGAACCCCUGCCACGAUCACCACUACUGCGUCGACCGCGGCAACAAUUACACCUGCGAGUGUCCCAAAGGCUUCUCCGGACCCGACUGCCUCAUCCCGUCACGAGCGGCGUGCAGCGUGAACCCGUGCCGCCACGGCGGCACCUGCUGGAGCAGUGUUGACUCCUUCUACUGCGCCUGCCGGCCGGGCUACACGGGGAAGACCUGCCAAGAGGAGUUCGUGCUGGAGGCGAUGCCGAGCGCCAUGCCGCGGGCGACGGGCCGCGACGGCCAGCUGGACCUGCAGAUGCCCAUCUCCAUCCACCUGGACCACCUGCACAACGUCUACAUCGCCGCGGGGACGCUCGCCUGCGCCGUCGUUAUCGUCGUGCUCACGGUAGCGGCGUGCCACUGCCGAGUGCACGAGACGUACAAGCGGUGCUUCCUGAACGCGUCGCCGCUGCUGCCCUGCAAGCUCUCCAGGCUGGACGACCCAAAGUCCCCCAGGACGCCUUUCCUUGGCCGCAGGGGCAGCCGGGCCUCCAUGCUGGAGCACGACCGUGAGAGGGAGCGCGACCGCGACCGAGAGCGCGAGAGGGGGAAGGCGGGGCCUGCGGGGGGCGGCGGCCGCUUCCCCGCGCUCGACACCGCCGAGAUGUACUACACGCUCGACUUCAGCGACAGCCAGAGCUCGCCGCUCAUCCAGUAGAGUAUUGGGCCAAAGGCGUUCUGGUUCAGCUGGGCCCACGCGCGCGCGCACACUGGAAGCCAGCCUCAGCAGCAGCCGUAUGUUUACGUUUGCAUAGUGCUACUCGCAGCAGCGCAUGUGUUCCCGAGGAAUUGACAUACACACACAGGACGGAGAACAAAAUACUAACAUUCUGUUACUUUUACUGGUAAUCGCAAACUGCCUCCUGUAACGUCAACACGCCCUCAAAUUUCACUGUGCCACAACAAUAUUUUCUAUUUCUUUUCAGAUACCAAUCAGCACUUGUUACACUUUGUCGUGAAUAAUGAGUAGCAUUAAGUCACUUGGACUCUGCCUUACAAAGUCAGCAGUACUCUUUGUGAGACAAUACUCUCGCUAAGGGUUUGUCACCACUCGGUUUCUGUCUCUAGAAUAUUAAAAACUGUAACAGAGUAUCUGCAGCAUUUAUAAAGUAAAACAUAACACAUAGGACUAAGGGUUCUUGUCCAUCAUUAAAAUAGUCUACUUAUGCCCCUGUCAGUCCCAUUUCACACGUCAAUAUACUAAGAAAAUAAGGUCAGAAAGGACGAAAUAAAAACUGAG